GGAUAGAUCUGUAGCUUGUGGAGGAGAUUACAUUGCUGCGACAAGGGUUGAGCUAAGAGAUCUCCGAGUCUCCUGGUUGGCACGAGGACUGCAGUUGCAGCGACCGCUCGACAGAAUGUGAAGCACUCAGGUUUCAACUUUUUACCAUUGGUGCAAGACAGUUGUAUUCAAUGAUAAUGAUGCAGAUGGUCGUGGAUCGUACUAACUUUAAGGCACUACGAGUUGACGCGUGCCAUGGCCAUGGCGCUUACGCGGUUAGUCGCGUAUCACGUGGGCGUGUAUUGUGGCUCAGCCGCCGCUUGCUGGUCAAUGUCAACACUUGUCACUUGCUUCCAAUCGUCUCAGUCUACGACCACUCUGUGCACCCUCUUGUCUUACUUCGAUAUCUAUAUAAACACUGCACUAUGGAGAAGAAGUGCGCUUCCAGCUCCAUCGUUCUUGCGAGUCUCGACCCACCAGAUUGUAAGCGCAAGCUUCAGCGGCCGUUCGCAUUCACCAAAAGCAAGCUCAGAUACGAGCAGGUUGAGGGAUACUUGACUGUCGUAGAGCCCUUCGAGGUGCUGCCCCGCCUCCUGGUACCUUCUCGUCGAGUUGCUUACAAGCCGCCAAUAAUGCACUACGGGUGGCGAGCCCCACGAGACUUCCUCCUUGACUACGCACGGAAACACCGGUUGACACGUCAAUAUGGUCGGCAUCUCAACGAAUACGAACGCAUGGUUCGAGCAUUAGUCACUAUCAACAAGCGAUGUGGCUCAGCUAUGUCCGAAGACUUGCUGAAGCUGCUAUCUACGCUCAUCGGAAGCUUGGAGUCCUGACUACGAUCGUCUCAUUAUACUCAAACUUCGAUCUGAAACGGAGAGAUCUACCUUCGGAGGACGAGAUCGAGUGUCUACGACAGGCGUUGGACCUCGAGGGCCCUCCUGGAUGGCUCCUGAAUCGUGGCGAUUGGCGUUGGACACGAUGGUGA